AUGCUGGACGCUGACGGCUUGCGAGUCGAGCCUCAGCUCGCCGCGGCGGUGCUGAUCCAGGUUCGCGUGCGGGAGGUGCAGCAGCGCCGACAGGAGUGCACCAUCUGCCUCGAGCCCAUGGAGAGGCCGACUCCCUGGCCUGCAGGCUGCGGGCAUAGCUUUUGCCACCACUGCGUGACGCGGUGCGCUCACGCCGACCGCUCGCUGCGCUGCCCCCUCUGCCGCAAGGCGCCGCCGCCUCCGGCCAAACCACCGCCGCUAAAAUGGUACGUGGUCGCCACUCCGACUGGAGGGAUGGUCGCCUGCCUUUGCCCGACAGAGCGGGAUGGGCUGCAGGCAGCGAAUGACACGUUUGACCACGGUUUCAGCCGGAUGGUCGAGCUGACCACCGACGACUACUGGCGCCUCCUCCACCGGCGCGGCCCGCCGCCGCGACUGAGGUUGCGCGAUCGGGCGGUGGCGAGGCUCCGCCUGCCCGGGCGGCCGAGGCGGCCAGCGACGGUCCCCGCGUGGCGUUUCCGCGUCCCGCGCCCCGGACCGAUCGAGAGCGCGCUCAUCUUUCUCGGGGAAGGCGUCGAAGAACUCCUGGAGCUCUUCGAAUGA